AUGGAAAAGACCAACAACAACGAGAACGAAGCAAUUGUCACUCAAGGCCUGGUGCGGGAGUUCGGCCAGGUUAAGGCGGUAGACGGGGUCGAUCUGUCGGUCCAUCGAGGUGAGAUUUACGGCUUCCUGGGGCCCAACGGCGCAGGCAAGACAACCGUAAUCCGGAUGCUAAUCACCCUGCUUUCGCCGACCGCCGGUACCAUUAGCGUGGCCGGUUUUGACGCGGUAGCCCAACCGGACCAGGUGCGCCUUCGCAUCGGCGCCGCCCUGCAGGAAGCGGCGCUGGACGCCAAGCAAACGGGGCGGGAAUUGUUGACCCUUCAAGGCAGGCUGUAUGGGCUUCGGGGGCGCGAAAUAGCGGCGCGUAUGGCCGAUCUGACCGACCUCAUCGACAUCGGCGAUGCCAUGGGACGCUUGAUCGGAACCUACUCCGGCGGAAUGAAGCGGCGGCUGGACCUGGCUGCUGCCCUGAUUCACCAACCGGAGAUCUUGUUUCUGGACGAACCCACCACGGGUUUGGACCCCAUUAGCCGCAGCCGCAUCUUCGACGAAGUGGGAAAGAUCAAUACCGAGCUUGGAGUCACUAUAUUCCUCACAACCCAGUACCUGGAGGAGGCCGACGCCCUGGCUCACCGGGUAGGCGUCAUAGACCGGGGACGGUUAGCCGCCCAGGGAACACCCGCGGAACUGAAACGCUCCAGGGGGUCCGACCUAAUAAUCGUCAAGCUGGAGGCCGAGGCAUCCACCCAAGUAACUGCCACCCUGCUUGCCCUACCUUCGGUGGAGGCGGUGGACGCCCACGAUUCGGAGUUGACGGUCAGCACCGUUAACGGAGCGGCCCUGAUCAGCUCUGUAGCGCUGAAAUUGAACGAACUGGGAGUGGGAGUCCGGGAACUGACCCUGCGCACACCAACCCUGGACGACGUAUUCCUGCAGGUUACCGGUUACAGACUGAGCCAAGACGAAACCGGACAAGCCUCCGAAGAGGCUGAGGAUGAAGCGGGUUAA